AUGUCGAACACCGCAGCCGACGCCGCGGCAGCGGCAGCGGCUGUGGUAGCCCGCGCCGCCGCCGCCGCCGAGGUAGCACGGUCGAGGGCGGAGACCACCACGGUGUCGCAAGGCACCCCCAUAGACCACCUUCUGUUGUCCGCGAUUCCUGCACUUCCAUGGCCAGGGGAUCAUAGGGAUGUGGUAGCUGUCAAGAUGCGCCAAGCUUGGUUCUAUGAUGACAGAUCAUCCCAUAUACCAGACAGCCUGCGCGGCCGUAUGCGUCCUAAUCUCUUGGACGAUAAGAAUUAUGUCCGCCUGUACGAAGGGGAGCCAGGUUAUAUGUUUGGCAGAAACAACGGUGAAGCGAUGGUCUUCUUCUUCAAGGGAGCUACUAUGAUUAUUGUCGUCAUUCCUCAUCGUAUUCUCGACGUUGGUGUGCCUUUCCGGAGCAUUGCCGAGCAGACGGCUGCCCAAUUUAUCGCACCGGGCGUUCCCACCGUUGCCAUUCAGUCCAUGGCAACCGACUUGGUAUACGAGAAGCUCAUUCGUACGUUCUGGGUAGCAGUCCGUAACGAAUCGGCGGCAUUGCGGUCGGUCGGUCUCGAGCAGCAGAGAAUCGACGAAUUGCUUGCUGGCAACAACCUGGCCUACCAUGUCGACACAAUCAUCGCUGCUUUCACGAGAGCUGCUCGACGUGUGCUGGGAAACCCCCGAUUCUCACUCCGCGACCUACUCAGCCUCCCUCAUGUAUCGGAGCAAUGGCCAGGUAAUAGACCUUGCAUCUACGUUCGCUUCUACACACAGCCUACAGAUCAGCCUCCGGGGAGCUACAGGGAGGAGUCACAAAGCGACAUCAAUGAGUUUGUUGGAUGUUAUGCUGGACAAACUCGCUUUCCUUGGAGAAGACACACUAUGCAUGAGACAAUGACUGAGAGUCCAGAUGCACAGAACUCCCCGCAUUACUCGGUUGCUCGGAAGUCGACGGCUGACAAUCGUCACGCAAUCCCAUUGCUGGUAUUUGAUCAGAAUGUCCCUGACGCGGUUCUCUACAUGGCGGAGCAAACCGUUAUCCUCCUGCUGCGCACCUACCGCCAAGCAAUGUUUGCCGAAAUAGCCCACGGAGACAUGUCUUUCUUCCAGACAUUGCAGAGAAAGGCGCAACUUUUGUAUUCGAUAUUUGGACCGAUUCGCCAACAACUCGGAUGGCCGGUUUUGAGACUAAGAGGCUGCAACCACUCGUCCCCUUUGUUUGAGACUCGUGCUCGGAUUUUGAUCCACCAGAUCCCUAUGGUUGUUGGUGGUUCGUCUGGCACCCGAACUUUUACAACAUACCGAGUUCGAAGGAACGUCGUCUCAGUCCGUGGCAGCAGCCGUCGGGGUACCACUUCUACUGGUAGAUUCGGGAUCCACCUGAUAUUCAACAAUCCCAGCAACAACGAGCGAGUCCAUUUCACGCCCACAUUCUCUCGGGAAACUCUGAAUAUCGAAGGGCCAAAGCCAGAGGAUGCCAGAAGUGGGUAUCUCGUCGCAGAGAUCAUGGACGACAAGGGACCACACCCCCGAGCCUGGGUUGGAGUGCCAUCUGUUGGCCCUUACAAAAACUUUGACAGGGCGUCAAGCAUAGCGCUCCGCUUCGAGUGGUAUGAUCAGGCACGCCGACAAUGGUACUCUGUCUACCUGCACCGACAGACACACCAACAAGCCAGGGAGAAUAACCACCAUGUCGUGGCGGGCAACUUGGCUUGGUUCGUGAACGUCUGGCGGGUCGCGAUGAACAUGGUCCAGGUGUUUGAGGGUAUCGUCUAUCAAGGCGACUUGCCGCCUGGACUCCACAGGCAGCUGGUACUUGGAGAUGUGAAGAUACUGGAGACGGAUCACUUGAGACAAACUUAUCGUUGGGUUCCGCGGACACACGUUACUCUCCCAGCGCCAUCGUUGGCGACCUGGAACGACAACUUCAGGCGAAUGUUCACUCGUUUCCGUUCUGACCUGACUCUGGUCGGACCAACUAACCCCCCAAGGAUGGCGGACGACAUUAUGAACCGGGCGCCACGGGAUAACAGAAGCUCGGUAUCCACUGAACAUAAGUGCGACUCGUGCAACUUGUUUGGCAAAGGUAUCCAGUGCGUGCAAGACGAAUCAGUAACAGAUGCAUGGGUCUGCAAAUUAUGUUCUAUUCUGAACCGGCCUUGCACGUUCACGGCUUGGAGCGAACUUCGAGUUUUGUGGGGUUCGGAGGAACCUUAUAUUCGUACUGGCGUGCCUCUGUCAAAGUAUCCGACAGGUCCACUCAAGUUCCUGGCUUAUCAUCACACCAUGAAUCCGGAUCAGCUUCGUGAGAUUCGCGGGGUCGUACUGCCGCUACUCGAGAAGCUGGGCGAGAGCGAAGAAGCACUGCUCAUCGAUAAUGAGGACGGCGCAGAAGUUCAAGUGGAGCGGGAGGUGGGCAGAGUGGACCGGGACUUUGAUGCGGAGUGA